CACAGAAUUUGGAUUUCGCAGAGGGGAGCUACACGACAAAUCGAACAACUACGACACCCCGCCGACGCCGACGCCAAACGACCGACACGACCACCUCGCAGCUGCUUCACCACCCAGAUACAUCAAGAUGGUCAACGUCCCCAAGACCCGCAAGACCUACUGCAAGGGCAAGUCUUGCAAGAAGCACACCCAGCACAAGGUCACCCAGUACAAGGCUGGAAAGGCUUCGCUUUUCGCUCAGGGAAAGCGUCGUUACGAUCGCAAGCAGUCUGGUUACGGUGGUCAGACCAAGCCUGUCUUCCACAAGAAGGCCAAGACUACAAAGAAGGUCGUUCUGCGGUUGGAGUGCACUGUCUGCAAGACCAAGGCUCAGCUGGCUUUGAAGCGUUGCAAGCACUUCGAGCUUGGUGGUGACAAGAAGACCAAGGGUGCUGCUCUUGUUUUCUAGAUGGGUGGGAAAUUCAAAGCCGCUUCGUUUUUUUUCGUGUUCUACUUUUCUCCUGGACAGGCGGUGUCAUGGAUAUAAAACGAAUCUAAACCCGUGUGUCGCUCGUGGGUUGGAAUUGCUGCAUCAUUGUUGGGGGGAACCGGCGCCCGAUGAUGAUUGCGGAACUGGAGUUUUAUUGAGCUGUUUUUCCGUGCGGAUUCUGUACCAAAAUGAUAAUGCUUCCGGCUUUCUGACAUGCAUGCAUGUCCUCGUACCUUUUCCGAGGGUGCCUGUCUCAGUAGCUUUGGGUGUUACUCGAAAGGGAAUAGAAAUAAUCAAGUUCGCACGGAUUUCACUUCUCUUGUUGGCUGCCUGCGAAGCCGAUAAGGCAACUAGUGGG